CGAACCUGAGUACGAAGUACCCGUAGCUGCGUAAGUGCGGUGUAGACGGCCGGCUAGGUUCGACGGGAGAGCCCAAUUCGUGAGGGGCAGCCAGGGGCAACAGCGGUGCGGGACCGGUCGCUAUGACGAUUUUUGGCAUUCUGCCAGCAGGUUCACUUUAAUUCGACUUCUCAAGCCUCCCCUACUUUCCCGCUAGAGAUCUUCCUUUCCCUUACCUUUCCCCACAACCAGCUCUUCUCUCCUAAACACCUACAAUCCUGGUUGGUAACUUUCUUCAGGACAAAUAACUUGUUGCCGCUGACCUAUUGUCUCCGAAUCCCAUCACCUCUCCUCCACCCCGCCUUUUCCCUCUCUCUUUUCUUUCUUGCUUUGGAGGGCUCUGCAAAAUCCCUCUAGCUACACCGAUCUUCUUUCCUCGUCAACGAGAAGACCCCUAAAACAAAACCCCCACCAUGUCCCAGCAAGAACUCGAUCCCAAGUACGACCAGUACGACUACCCGACCGUCGCCCCGACGGCGGCCAACGGUCACCCUGGCCACCUCACCCCCGAGCAGAAGGCCCAGGUCGCCCAGCUGCGCCUGAUGCUUGAGUCGGAUGGCUACGACAAGCGCCUCGACACCCUGACUCUGCUGCGCUUCCUCCGCGCCCGCAAGUUCGAUGUCAACCUCGCCAAGCAGAUGUUCGUCGACUUCGAGACCUGGCGGAAAACGACCAAGCUUGACAACACCGUGCCGACCUGGGAAUACCCCGAGAAGGAGGAGGUGUUCAAGUUUUACCCCCAGUACUACCACAAGACCGAUAAGGAUGGCCGCCCCGUCUACGUUGAACAGCUUGGUGGCAUCGACCUGAACGCCAUGUACAAGAUCACCACCGCCGAGCGCAUGUUGACCAACCUGGCCGUCGAGUACGAGAAGUGCGCCGACCCCCGCUUCCCCGCCUGCUCCCGCAAGUCCAACCACCUCGUCGAGACGUGCUGCACCAUCAUGGACCUCAAGGGCGUCACCAUCACCCGUGUCCCCCAGGUCUACAGCUACGUCAAGCAGGCCUCCGUCGUCUCCCAGAAUUACUACCCCGAGCGUCUCGGCAAGCUCUAUAUGAUCAACGCUCCCUGGGGCUUCUCCACCGUCUGGUCCGUCGUCAAGGGCUGGCUCGACCCCGUCACCGUCUCCAAGAUCAACAUCCUCGGCUCCGGCUACCAGAAGGAGCUUCUGAACCAGAUUCCCGCCGAGAACCUUCCCAAGUCUCUUGGUGGCAAGUGUGAGUGCCAGGGUGGCUGCCAGCUCAGCGACGCCGGCCCGUGGCACGAGGCCGAGUGGACCAAGGAGCCCUGGUGGCAGAAGCCCGAGGCCAAGGCCGCUGCUGCUGCCGGCGGCGACGUCAUUGAGAACAAGGGCGGUGAGACCGUUACUGCUCCGGCUGCCGGCGGUGCUGCUCCUGCGGCUGCUGCUACUGCUGACGCCAAGGCUCCUGCUGCGGCAUAAACGUUGCCCUUUUAGGAAAUUGCGUGCAUUGGAAUUGAGGUUGUUCAUUUGAGAGUGGCGCUGCCGGAUGAGCAGUUAGAGAGAAGGCGUUGACAAAUGUGGUGUUGUGUCUUGAGGUGAAGAAAGACACUUGGGUUGGGUGGAAGAUGGGGGUGGCUACCUAAAAACAAGAGCAUCUUUUCUUAGAACCGCUCAUAC